AAAUACUCUCUUGCCCUUGCAAGGUGAAGGCAUGGCCACAGAGAAUCAGCCGCAGUGAGAGUAGGAAGCACAAAACAGCAUGGGGGGUAAAAAGAAAACAAAGUGGAGAAAAGUUCCUCUAGCGGAAUUUACUAAUGAUCCCUCAAGCAGCAAAGAAAUUCCAUCAGAAGAUAUUUCAAAACCAGACAUACAUUCAAAUGAAGCUCAUGAAAACCCUGAUGAAGAUGUACCCGAAAACUAUGCUCAAUAUACUUUGGAUUCAGCCGAAUAUCCAGAUGGGGUUUGGUAUCCAACGACGUACCUUCUCUACAACCCGGCCGAAGCACCAGCUAUGUAUCCUAAUUACGUAAUGCCUUUCGAUAAUAGUUACGGUUACUACUAUACGUUGCCUGAAGUGCCUCAUGUACAAGAAUACGCUCCUGUGACUUACCCAGAAUACCCAAACGCCUUAAAAACGGAUACGGUGUAUCUUUUAUUUCCUGCUGAAUCAUUUCGAGCAUCACAAGGAGUUCCUCCACAAAAUUCUGACUGGUAUAAUAGGCGAAGGAGACGGCGUUACGAAAGUUAUGCUGAUUAUGCAGUCAUCCCGCAAAAAGCACAGACAGCAAAUUUGAACAAAGAUGAAACGGACCUUGGAAAAAGAGCAGCUCAAAAUGUAACUUCUAGAAGUAGUCAUCAACCUUAUAAUUUGAAAAUGAUGUCUUCGUGUGACAGCUCUACAGUUAGCUCUGAAAACACAGAAAGUAAUAGAGGUGUGAAACCAAAUGACAAAAAAAGCGAACUUCUCAGUUAUUCCCCGGGUGAAGUAAAUGAUCUCGAUAAAAGUCACCUAAAAAAGUCAAAGAAAAUGAUAGAAGUUAUCGGAAUUCACUCAAAAAAAGAUGCGGUAAAGAAAGACAAUCAACACAACGAAUCUCAUAUGCCGCCAAUAAAUCUCAAACCAAAAGGUGAUUUAGGAAGCAGAGACGUUGAAUCAUCGAUAACAAAUAUUCACAAUGAAGAACACCGCAAAGCUGAAGAUAUUCAAGAUAUCGCAUUUGAUAUAGAAAAUAAUACACCCAAUACAAGAUCGAAAGUUAACUCAACAACGUGCCAAGAACCCAGCAAAAAUCAAGACAGUAUUAAUCAUAACAUCGGCAAAGUGGAAAAUGAAAUACAAAUUCAGCCAAGUUUAUUAAAAUUGUCGCACAAUGGUAGUUUGAAUGGUAAAUGUGAAAAGAAUAAGGGUUCAAACUCUAUAAUUUCGGAAAAUAAAUUGAAUGAAUUACCCAAUAUUGUAAUGUCUGAAAACGAGCAAAUAUUGUCGGAAGACGCCGAGAAAAUGACCUCAAUAAAAUCUCAAAUGCCAUUACCAGACAUUUUGAACACCGUAAGUAAAUCGGUUCCGUUAAAUCCAAGGGUUUCUGAGAAAGAAGUGAUAUCCACGCGUGAUAAUUUAAGAAAGAUUCAUGUCUCGGAGAAAGAUUCUGAGACGGAGGUAAAAUCUAAGUCCUUAACAUCUCAAAUUAGAGUAAUACCUAAUUUAUACAGUUCUGAUAUUUUACGCAACGAAACAGAGACAGAUCUUAAAAGAAUAAGUUACCUUCAUUCAUUACCAACAAAUCAAUCGAUUUAUAAAUUGGCUUUCGAUGAAAGUAUUGAAAGUAUAACUGAUCAAUCAGAAGCUGAUUCGCGUUCUCCUAGUCCGGUUGAUGCUGACAGUCAAGUUCCAAAGAGUUUAACGAACGCGGAAAUAUUAAUACACGAAGCAGAAAGUGGUAGUGAUGCUGGAUCCGAAGAUGUUGAAUUGAUACCACAUCGUUAUGAAAGCGAAACUUUUCUCAAUGAAAAUAAAAAUAUCUAUGUCAAUAAACUAUCCUUAGCAGUUGAACUAUUACGGACGCAAGAAAAUCUUCCGUAUGAUGAUGAGUUUAAACGUGUGGUGGGGGACAAUUCUAUCACAGCCUUGAAAAAUGUUCAACCAAGUGCAUCAGGCAAAACGAACUUCGGAUUUGUGGAUGACUCAAGUUCUAUGGAAAACUCUAUUGCUUUAGAUACCUUCAACAAUCAACAUGGUAUGACUUCUGUGACUGAAAUAACUACAGAACCAAUAUUUAGUAAACAAAGUGCCAUUAUCAGUCAUUCAUCUGCUGAAGAUUCAUGUGAAGUUGCCAAAGAAGCAAUAGCUCAAACAAGUGACAAUCAGGGUUCCACUGAAGAAAUAAGAGCUGGAUACCGCAGGUUUGGAGUGCAAGCUCGUCAUUAUCUCUCACCAAGAGCAACAAUUGUGAAUCCAUGCUUUUGCUGCAUUGUCAUGUAAGACUCAUUGUAAUUACAUCCACAUAGCAUAUUUAAAACUAUUUUGAAUAUUUCAUGAAAAAAAACAUAUUUCAAUAAAAGGUUUGAGAAUUUUUUAAGUAUUCAUAAAAUUAGUUAUUUUGU